UUGAAGUUAUUAAAGAAGAAGAAAAUAUAAAAAAGGAAGAUGAUGUAACAAAAAAGGUAGGUGAAAAUACAGAAGAUAAUGAUAUAUCUCUAGCAAACAACGUUUCUUUAGGAAAACAUUUAUUAAUAGGGAGCUCUCUUAAAAAAGGUAUCAGCGUUAGUGUUAGAGGAAGAACUAUGAAUUUAGGAAUGAAUGUAAAACAAGCUGGUUCAGCAUGGAAAAAGAAAGAAACGGAAAAUGUUGAAGAAGAAGGAGAAGAAAAAGAAAAGAAAAUUGAUGAUGAAUCCUUCCCGGAUUUAUUAGAAUCUACUGAAAAAAUGAAAUCAGAAUUAUCAAAAGAAAAAGAUAAAAAAAAGAAACAAUUAAAAGAUGGUAAGAAAGUUGAAGACAAUGUUAAUGUUUUUAAUUCUGGUUUUGAUAGAGGAGGGAAAACUACUGAUGGGAAUUCAACAGAAUUUAAUGAUAAGAAAAAAUAUAAUAUGUAUGAUGGAAACAAGAAAAAUGAUAAUGCAUUUAAUAAGAAAUGGUAUAACAAUCAACAAAAUGAUAUGAACAAUAAUAAUCAAAAUAAUAUGAAUAAUAAUAAUAAUAAUAAUAAUAAUAAUGGACAUAUAUUUGAUACAAAUGAUAGUGAAGAAGUUACAGGUUAUAUAUUACCAGGAUUUAAAGGAAAACAUAUGGUUGGAUUUACAUGUUUUUUAAAAAGAGGUACACAAAAUCCUGUACCACCUCCUCCAGCACCACCCUUAACAAAUAAUCAAGGUGAAAAUAAUAUAUCUAAAGAUAAUAGAAAUAACGAAAAUAAAAAAUUGAUGAAUACAAAUAUAAAAAUGAAUCAACAAGUAGAUAAUAAUAAUAAUAAUAAUAAUAAUAUGGGUAGUGCAAUGAAUAAUACACCUAUGAAUAAUAUGAACAAAGGGGGCCCAAGAAACAAUGUGAGCAAUUCUGAACAUAUGAGGGAACAUAGUAAUCAUACGGUAAAUAGAUUUGCGCCGAUGGGACAAUAUGGAAACAGCAAAAAUAAUAAUAUGAAUAAUGUGCAUAAUGUGAAUAAUGUGCAUAAUGUGAAUAAUGUGAAUAAUAUGAACAAUAUGAACAAUAUGAGCAAUAUGAACAAUAUGAGCAAUAUGAACAAUAUGAACAAUAUGAACAAUAAUAUGAACAAUAUGAACAAUAUGAACAAUAAUAUGAACAAUAUGAACAAUAUGAACAAUAUGAACAAUAUGAAUAACAAUAAUAAUAACAAGUUUAAUGAAAAUAACAUUUUAUAUAAAGGCACAAACUACAAUAGAAACGUUAAAAACCUGGGACAAAAUAAUAAUGAAGGUAACACAAAUAUGAAACAUGGACAUAAUAAUAAUAGAGGACAGGGUAAUAACAAUAAUAAUAAUAAUAAUAAUUUUAACAGAAGAAAUGAUAAAAAUGAUAAUAGGAAUUUUAGAAGGAAAGAUAUAGAUUUAGAAAUCAACUGGAGAAAUACAGCUAACCCAACACAAGAAGAAAACAAUAAUAACAUGAACCACAAUAAUAAUAAUAAUAAUAAUUACAAUAAUAAUAAUAAUAAUAAUAACAAUAAUAAUAACAAUAAUAAUAAUAAUAUUAAUCAUGGAAAAAAUUUUAGAAACUUUAACAACCUUAAUAAUAUGAAAAAUAAUAAUUCGUCAAAUAACAAAAU